UAGUACCAAAGGUGUAUGCUCCAGUUGCAUACAACAUACAAAGCUAGUUCAUAGAAUCAAUCAAUCAACCUCGAAGUCUUAAUGGCAGCUUUCAACUCUAAGAUUGCCGCUCUGACGGUCGUCGGUCUGCUGAUCGUCUGUCUGUUGCGGGCAAAUGGCUAUACGAUGGAGAAUAUGUGUGAGCAGUGGUGGGGCGAAGGAUAUAUUGGCAAUCCGACCGAUUGCAACAGUUGGGGCUAUUGCCAGAAACAGAAGGUGAUAUCCCGAGGAUCCUGCGGCAAGGGAUUAGUUUUCGAUUCGGCCUCAAGCACCUGUCAAUAUAACUAUAAGGUGGCAUGCUCCACCAGUGUGGCUUCAACGUGCAGCGCCCUCACAAAUCCUGCAUAUAUGGCCGAUCCAUCCGAUUGCAGCAAGUAUGCCUAUUGCUUUGGCAAUGGCAAAUCCCAAAUCCAGAAGUGCCCAGCUGGCCAAGUAUAUGCCGCCAACAAUAAUUCCUGCAUUUGGGGUCCCACAUGUCCGCAGAACUCCAUUUGCCGUUUCAUGCCCAACAACAUUUAUGUCGGCGAUCCAACCAAUUGCGGUUCUUAUCUGCAGUGCCUCAACGGCUACGGAAUACCCGGCUCAUGUCCAUCCACUCAUUUUUAUAAUGCUGCCACUGGUAACUGUGAAACGACAAACCCUUGCACCAACAAUGGCGGAAAUCCUACUGAUGGUGACUCGAAUAUAGUUACCCUUCCUCCGAGUCAAACAGCUUGCACCAGGGCUACAACUACAUUUGUUACGGAUAAGGCAACCUGCUACGGAUUCUACAGCUGCUCUCCGCAGACUAUGGGAGUGUGGGGCACUUGUCCAUAUGGAACGAUAUAUAACCCAUCAAAGAAUCAGUGUGUGUCACCCAACGCUUACCCCUGUUGGUUCAAUCGAUGCCAGAACACCAAUUUGACAUAUGCGGCUUUAAAGAAUACAGGUUGUGAACAAUAUGUGUACUGCCCGAACGGUGCACAGGGAACAUGCCCAUCUGGUUACCCAUACUUUGAUGAGGUUUACCAAAAAUGUGUCCCCAAUAAGCCCAGCUAUGCUAUUUGCACACAAACAGCCGUUGUCCCCUCACCAUAGAUAUUGAACAUAUAACAUGUACUUUCUUGAUACUGUUGCCUAAAAUUGUAUGCAUUUAAUAAAAGCUAUUAAUCUAGCAAAAAAUCUAUUAAUAUUA